AUGGGCGCCGAUGAAACUGAGGCUUCCUUUGAUGCCACGGCGUCGGAGUCGGGUGCUGUCGUCAACCAUGAGGGAAAGAAGCCAUUGAAGAAGAGUAAAUUGCUUUUGGCAGUUUUGUACUUUGGCACAUUUCUCGGUAUUUCUGAUGAGUUCUUCGUUCUCACCACGUCCCGUCAAAUCGCGGAAUCUUUCCACAAAGGUUCAUCUGGAUCAUGGCUGUUCGUCGGGUACAAUCUUGGCUAUUCUAUGGCACUCCCCAUAUACGGCCGAUUAUAUGAGGUUCUCGGCCAACGGAAGACUUUCCUACUUGCUUAUGCCUUUUACGGCCUGGGAUGCAUUGUAUCAGGUACUCCGCAUGAAUUCUAUGCGAUCGUCGCCGGCAGGUUCCUAGUGGGCGCAGGCGCUUCGGGGAUGCUGGACCUGGCUUCGGUGGCACUCAAUGGUAUCCUUCUUCCCUUCUAUUUACAGACUCUUGAUCUGACUUUCUUCAUUCAUGGUAGAUAUUGCGACUGCGCUGUCAGUGGAGGUCCACUAGGUGCAAUUCUCGCCGGAACAAUUGGAUGGAGAUGGUCGUUUCUUGUACACAUUCCUUUCGUGGCAGUUUGCGCUAUUAUCGUUUUCUUCAAACUGGGACCGAAGAACAACCAACCUGUAAUCGAAACUUCAAGCGACGAGGAAAGCAACAUUGAGAAGACAGAGGAGAUGCCCGAGGCUCCCCGUCCACCCCUUGACAUCCUAGGGAUUAUCACGCUUAGCUGCGCCAUUCUCUGCUUCGUCAUCCUCGUUGAGAUGCUCGAAGAUCUUGACACCGUGAAGAGGCACAUUGGCCUUAUCGUCGGACUUGGGGUUGGAUUCAUCGUCUUUACUGCGACCUUUAUUUUCAUUGAGGUGUUCUGGGCGAAGAACCCAGUGAUCCCACUACAUCUCCUUAAAACCACACAGGUUGGACUCAUUUGGGGUACUACCUUUUUCAUGCAGAUGGGGAAUUACAGUUUUGUUGCAAGCAUUGCCCCGUACUUUGCUCGAAUGCAUGGCCUGACCACGAUCGAGACUGGGCUAUGCCUUGGACCCGCUGCAGUCGGUGCUGCGAUCGGAAGUGUAUUGACAGGCAUGCUUGUGAAAAAGAGCGGAAAACACAGAGUCUGGGCAAUAGUCGGACUCAGUACGGCGCUCAUGAGCUUCACAUUAAUCCUCCCCCGAUGGUCUCUAUUCGAACAAAAAAUGUGGGAGUUGUUCUACUCGUUCUUCUUUUCGUGGGGACUGGGGAUGACCCUCUCCGCUCAAUUCGUAGGCUUGAGUGCUAGCACCCCAGAACAAUAUGCGGCUACCUCCAUCACAUCUUACUAUCUCUUCCAACAAGCUGGAACCAUGAUUGGAAUCACGAUGACUACAGUUCUCCAACACCUUGUCUUUAAGGAGAAACUCGAGGCAACGAUUGGGGACAGCCCCGAGAGUCUUAAGAAAAUUGAGCACAUUCUUGAAAGUGUCGAAUACUCGCAGUCGCUUCCCGAACCGCUGCGUAAAACCGUCAAUGUACUUUUCAGAGAAAGUUAUAUGGUGCUGCUCCUGUUUGUCAUUGCCACCGUGGCAUUAUCACUUCUAUUGGUAUUGAGACAAAAGAACAUCGCGAUUUAA